AUGGCGCACCUCAACGUCAAGCCGGACCCGGCGUACCUCAAGUUGCAAGCUAUGCAGAAAAAUCGUCACCAUUACUUCCGGUGGACUCCGCGGAACGCGAAAAUCACCAUCAUGUACUUGGUUGUAGUGCCCGCCAUCGCCGGGUACAUGGCAUACAAGAACGACGGCCUAUGGGAUCUGCGCGGCAAGCGAAAGGGCGACUCGGUCUACGAGCGAUGA